UGUUCCAAUGUGUAGAUAGAUUGACUACCUAUAGAAGCAAUGACUGCUUGGCUAUGUCUGAAACACAAGUGCAUCGAUCUGAUACCCAUGCCUCCACCAUCCUCAAAGGACUCGAUAGACUGCGUAAAGAUCACAUCUUCUGUGAUGUCCAGCUCCAGGUUGGUCCUCAGUUAUUCCAGGCCCAUCGAUUGGUCCUAUCAGCUUGUAGUCCGUACUUUGACGCCUUGCUUACAAGUGGACUGAGUGAGACUCAUCAAGAUGUCAUCAACAUACAGGGCGUGCAACCAAACAUCUUUGAGCACUUGCUGGAAUUCAUAUACACAGGUCACCUUGAUGUUACUACAAGCAAUGCCCAAGGGUUGCUGUUUGCAGCUGAUAUGUUUCAACUCAAUGAAAUUAAACAAAUUUCUGCAUCUUUUCUCAAACUUCAGUUACAUUCUUCAAAUUGUCUUGGUUUUUUAAGGUUUUCGCAGGCCUUAUCUUGCCCAGAGCUUAGUACAGCGAGUAGAGCUUACAUACACUCUAAGAUUAGUGAGGUCAAAGGUGAAGAAGAGUUCUUUGACCUUGAUGUAGAAACACUGAUAGAGAUCCUUCAGAGUGAGGACCUACGAGUGGACAAUGAAUAUGAGGUCUUUGAAGCAGCCAUGAACUGGAUAUCACAUGAUCCACCAAACCGACGGAAACAUUUGGUGAGGGUUCUUGAGCCAGUAAGGAUACCCAUCAUACAGCCUGCUCAACUCUUCAAGUAUGUUGAGGAAUGUAAGGAUCUUAGCUUGAGGAUUGCAACGGGAAAGCUCCUCCAGGAUUACCAUCCAAGAAGAAAGUCUCAGGCAUCGACCAAAGUCUCACAUGCUAAGUCUCUAUUGCCUUCAAAGUAUUACCAGCCUCGUAAAAGCUCCAGGAAGCGUUUGCUUGUGAUGGGUGGCUACUGCAUAAAGAACAGUGAAGGGUGGUCAGGAUGGGGCAACACAACAACCCUUAGUGAUGUGGAACUUUACGAUUCGUUUGAUCAAACAUGGCAUCCCUUUCCUGCUAUGCAGCAGCCACGUAGCGGGUUCGGUGCAGCUGUACUUGGUGGAACUGUCUAUGCCAUAGGUGGUGAGCAUGAGUCUCUACUCUCACAGAAUGUGGAAAAAUAUGAUGCGGUGGAGAAUUGUUGGACAAAGAUGUCUCCUCUUCUGUGCCCCAGGAGCUCCCAUGGAGUGUGCGUGGUAGAGAAUAAGAUCUAUGUAUUUGGAGGCUGGGUUGGUCUAGAGAUGGGAGCUGACAUCGAGAGAUGUGACCCUGACGAUGAUGUAUGGACAGUCCAUGAUAGGCUAGCAUCCCUGAGAAGCAACUUUGGUGUGGUUUCUCAUGAAGGUCUAGUAUACCUAGCUGGUGGGGCUUCUGAUACUGGUACGGAACUGAGGCUUGUGGAGAGCUACAAUCCUGUUAUCAAAGAAUGGACUCAGCUUGCUAGCAUGCGUACAAGACGAUCACAGUGUGCAAUGGCUGUAUUAGACGACGCCCUCUAUGUUGUAGGAGGGUACAACUCAUCAAAGAAUGUCCUAUCAUCGGUUGAAAGGUACUCUUUAUUAGAGGACAAGUGGAUGAAAGUGAAGUCCAUGAUAAUGCCUAGAGCAUGUGCUGGAGUGGCUGUAGCACAUGGUAAACUUUAUGUGGUAGGCGGCAAAGGAUCAAGUAGACCAAAUACUGCCCCACCUACGUUGGACACUAUGGAGUGCUAUGACCCUGAGACUGACAUCUGGAUUGACCUUGGUCGAAUGACUGUAGGUCGUUGUGAGGCAGCUGUAGCAGUACUGUGACCCCGAGACUGACAUCUGGAUUGAUCUAGGUCAAAUGACUGUGGGUCGUUGUGAGGCAGCUGUAGCAGUACUGUGACCCCGAGACUGACAUCUGGAUUGACCUAGGUCAAAUGACUGUGGGUCGUUGUGAGGCAGCUGUAGAAGUACUGUGACCCCGAGACUGACAUCUGGAUUGACCUUAGUCGAAUGACUGUGGGUAGUGUGAGGCAGCUGUAGCAGUACUGUGACCCCGAGACUGACAUCUGGAUUGACCUAGGUCGAAUGACUGUAGGUCGUUGUGAGGCAGCUGUAGCAGUACUGUGACCCUGAGACUGACAUCUGGAUUGACCAAGGUCGAAUCACUGUAGGUCGUUGUGAGGCAGCUGUAGCAGUACUGUGACACUGAGACUGACACCUGGGUUCUGAUUUAUUUCGUUAUUCCACUCCGAUCAAUCCAUUAUAGAUCAUUCUUGUAUGAAUAUGAUGAAAUGCCACUUGAA